GGGAGCUGCCAUGCCGGAGUCGGGUGCGACGGUCGAGGGCGAUAGCGCAGGCGGCGACAGCCCGCCGUGGCUGCCGCCGAGGCGAGAGUUAGAGGCCGUGCAGGUUAUGGAUCCCCUCCUCGCGCCGCGUCCUCAGCCCGUCCGCCGCCACUCCACCGCCGUCCCUGCUCGCCGCCUCUCCCGUCCCUACCGCUCCUCGCCCCUCGCCGGGCCCGCCCUCUCCCCCAGCGGCGCCCUCGCAGACCCCCCGCGCGUGUCCUCCUCCCCCAACCUCAACACCCUCUCGACCCUCCCGCCCCGCCGCGCCACCGUCACCGCACGCAGCGAGCACGUCCCUCGUCCCUCUACCUCCCCCGCCCCCUCCACGCCCCCCUCCAAGCGCAGCUCUCUCUCUCUCCGGUUUUCCCGCCGUGCCUCGUACUCCCCCUCCACAUCGGCCUCGUCGUCGUCGUCGUCGUCGUCGUCGUCUCCACCCCCUCCCGUCCCCGACCUCCCCUCCCGCCGCCGCCGCUGCUCCAUCGCCGCCGCCGCCGCCGCCCCCUCCACCUCCCGCGACCCCGCAGAGAACUGGCUCUCCGCCACCGCCGCACCCAAAUUCUCCCGUCUCGGCCUCGCCGCAGACGGCGUCGUCCUCCCCGUCUCCGCAAAGGCCUACGCCGCCUCCAUCUCCUCCCGCCGCGAUCGCCCCGAGCGCCCCUCCUCCCCCAUCAGCGUCCGCUCCGCAGACUCCGCAGACUCCCGCUCCGCCCUCUCCCUCGCCCGCCGCCCGAGCGACACCAGCCUCGACACCAGCCCCCCCGCCUCCACCGGCUCCAGCUCGCGCUCCCCGCGCGUACACUGGUCCCCGUCCCCAGACGACCAAGAGGAGGGGGACGCGACGACCGCGAUCACCCCCGCUGCCGUCGCACCCGGCAAGCGCCCGCGCCCACGCUCCCUGCGCCGCGCCUGGAACAAGCUCCUCCUCGCCCUUCGCGUCCCACGCGUCAGGGCCCCGUAGCGCGCGCCACGUCAUCUUCUUGCUGUUUUUAUCCUCCGAUCCUCACUUAGACGCUGCCUGCAGGCAGAUGCCUCACACACGCUCCUUUCUUGUUCACGAUAUAUAUAUACAUACCCGAAUCUAUGGUUCCAAUGAUACCUAC